AUGUGACUUUUGAACAGGCAGUUUUUAAAAAUUUAGUAAAACUUUACUUUCAAAAAAAUAGAACUUUCAGACGAGAUUUAAUUCUGUCAUCGCGACAGAAUAACAAGUUUCGACCGCCGUUUUUUCGAAAGGGAUGGAAUUUAAUACGAAACAUCGAAAAUUAUCAAAAAAUAAAAAUUCCGUUCGUAUUCCUGCAUCCACUAAGCCUCGCUUAGCAAAAAAAAGAAUUGUAACUCGUAAAAGAAAAUGUGUAUGCCUCCCUGAAAAUUUCUCAAUUGUAGAAUUUCCAGCAAUAUGGAAUGAAUUGAGACAGAAUGGCCAACUUUGUGAUGGGGUAAUCCUUUGUACAGAUAAUAUUUCUAUAGACUUGCACCGCGCCAUACUUUCGGCGGUUAGUCCCUAUUUCAAAGCUAUAUUUGUAAAUUCCUUGAAAAAAGGAGAGCCUGAAGAAAGAGUAAUAUUUGUUGAUGUUCCGUCGUAUUAUAUGAAUUUGAUUCUUGACUAUGCAUAUUCAGGAACAUGUACAGUGACUGCCGAAAACGUAGAAUAUUUGCUACCAUAUGCUGACCAGUUUGAUGUAGUUGGUGUCAUUCAACUAUGCUGCCAAUUCCUUUUACAAGAGUUGCGUCCUCACAACUGUCUUGGAAUAUUUAAAUUCGCCAGAUGCUACUUUUGUAGUGAUUUAGAAAAAAAGGGCAAACUGUAUAUAAGACAAAAUUUUGCAAGAAUUUUAAAAGAAUGUAGCGAAUUUAAAUCACUAUCCUAUGAAGAAUUAGAAGAUGUUUUGCGUGAUGAUGAAUUAAACGUUAAAAAUGAAGAAAUUGUUUUCCAAGCACUAAAGACGUGGGUAGAGCAUGAUUUGGAUAACAGAAAAAAAUAUAUUCCGUCUCUAUUAUCCUGUGUUAGAUAUGGCCACAUAAGUUUUAAAUAUUUUAAAACCAAAAUUUUACAAUGGCAACCUGUAAUCGAUGAUGCGAAAUGUCAAGAAGCGCUAUAUCCAGCCGUAGUUUUCCUUACGAUACUGGACUCCAGACCUGAAACAGAGGCAGAUCUUAAUGAUCCAUUAGCAAGACCAAGAAUACCUUACGAAAUACUUUUCGCAGUAGGAGGUUGGAGUGCCGGCAGCCCAACAAGUUUCGUUGAAACGUAUGACACACGCGCCGACCGCUGGUUCCUUUCUAUUCACAUGGAUUUAUCACCACGAGCGUAUCACGGCCUAUGCACGUUGAACAAUUUGAUCUACAUGAUCGGAGGAUUCGAUGGCAGCGACCACUUCAACACCGUCCGGUGCUACGAUCCAGUCGCCAAUACGUGGCACGAGAGAGCUUGUAUGUAUCAAGCGAGGUGCUAUGUCAGUGUAGUUGUUCAUGAUGGUCUCAUUUACGCGCUGGGCGGCUACAACGGGCGCACACGCAUGUCGUCGGUGGAGCGCUACUAUCCGGGCAAGAACCAGUGGGAGAUGACCACGCCCAUGAACAGACAGCGCUCGGAUGCCAGCGCCGCUUCGCUCGGUGGAAAGAUAUACAUAGUUGGUGGAUUCAACGGGCAAGAAGUGCUGAGUUCAGCGGAGAUGUUCGACCCUGACACGAGGCAGUGGAGUUAUAUCCGGUCCAUGAUCAGUCCUCGCUCGGGAGUCAGCCUCAUCGCGUAUCGGGAGUGUUUAUAUGCGCUAGGAGGAUUUAACGGCUACAGUCGGCUUAAUACUGGUGAACGAUUUUGUCCACAUCGCGGCGGCGAAUGGCAGGAAGUGACAGAAAUGUUCAGCGCGAGAAGUAACUUUGCUACUGUUCUGCUCGACGACAUGAUCUUCGUUAUCGGGGGAUUCAAUGGUUCAACGACUAUUCCUCACGUAGAAUGUUAUGACGGUGACACGCUAGAAUGGUACGAUGCAGCCCCUAUGAAUCUGACUCGGUCAGCGCUAAGUGCUUGUGUUCUUGUUGGUCUUCCGAAUGCUAGAUCUUUCUCAUAUUUGGCUAAAGCUGUUCCGGCCGCUGGGGCCGACCAGGUUCAUCAUUCCUGAUAUCAUUUAACCCAUUCGGAUACAACAAAAUUUGAAAGAUUUAUCAAAAUUAAUCAAUUUAUCGAAAAUUCAAAACUUAGUGUCCUUUAUUUUAAUUUUGUAUGAAAUCUAUUUCCAUUUACAUUGUAAAUAUUUUUUUGCCCACCACUUUUAAUUGAUUCAUCAAAAGAAUAUCAAAUAUAAAUAAACCUUAAUAGGAAAUUGGGAGGCAAUUUCUUAGAGGCAUUAUAGAUUCGCUGCCGUAUCAAUUUAUACAUUGUAAAUAGUUUAUUUUUAAAUGUAUCUGAAAUCAUUUUUGUGUUAUUGACUGAAUAUUUGUAUUUAUUUUGUAUAAAUAAUUAGCGAAAUCAAGAAAAUAAUAAUAUAUAUUAUAUAACUUUCAAUUUUAGAAACAUUUUUUUUAUGUAUAACGUGAAAUUUUUAAAUUAACAAGUUUUUUUUAAAUAGCAAUAUUGUUUGUAAUAAAUUUUAUAUUAGUAUUAUGUCGUGUAUAGUUCGUAUCCGUACAAUCAGAGGAUGCGGUUUGUAUAGAUGCUUAUGUAUAAAAAUGGUUGGCAACGAUAGGUAGGUAAAUGUUGCGACCGUGAAUAUCUGUGAUAUUUUCACUAGUCAAUAUAGAAAAUUCAAAAAAAUGUAAAAUAUAAGGUGUUAGUUACCUAAUUUAUUUUUUUACAAAGAAAAAAUUUAUUGUACCACACGAGAAAUGAAGAGAAAUUUACAAAUAAAGUAA